CGAAGAACGGCCUCGCCAACGUCGAGAUAACACUUCUAAUUGCAUUGUAUAGACCUACUUUGACUGCCUGGUGACCUUGUACUCGAAUCGCCGGACUAAAUGGAAUCACCCUUGCGGGAACCCGAUCCUAACCUCACCUGCGCCUCUUAGUCGAGGGGUUCAACAGCCGCAUCGCGUCCACCUUCAGCGCAACGUGGACACGAUGGCGUCGCUGAGAAGUGGCCAGCCACGGGGCCGGCCACGGAGAGAUUCCACAAAGGCUCCCAGUGUGUUUGACGAUUCAGAUCGCGACGAGUAUGCGGAUUUCCAAGACGAAGAACCUCCUACCAAGCGCAUGCGAACAUCUCGAAGGUCUCAAACAACACCAAAAUGGGCUCCAGGUGGACGUGGGGGAGGAGGAAGACAUGUAGAUAAUGAGAAAACUCCCACCACCUCACGACUAUCGCGCGCCAAUGAUGAGUACACGGUGCCCCGAACGCGUCCCAGAUCGAGCCGAGAUCGAAGAAAGACAAUGGCCUCGACCCCUCGAUUCUCAGCAAGAAGUAGGAAUCGUGGUGGUGGUGCUCGUCCUCGGUAUAGCACGGCAGCAGCAGCAUCCGCCGCUGUGGCGCAUGGAGAUGGCUACAAACCUCGAGAGGAGCGCGGCUGGGAAGAGUUCCAUUCAGACUUAGAACUCGAUAAAGAUUUUGCGGUUAUUGUCGCUGAAGAUAUUGAUGGGGUCACAGCUUCGGCAAUCAGCGAUGGACAUAUCGCUGGUUCAGCAUCAGAAACAGGCGAUACCGUCAACCUCGGCUACCAGACACCUCCUAAACGAAAGCCGGGCAGACCACAUCGCACACAGAACGCUAUGGUGAACGCUCUUCUGACGCCAGAAGCCCCGAAAUUUGUGCCAAUGCCCGGACCAAAUCCCCGAGAACGACUUACACUACCCAGACCCUCCUAUAGAGAGCUCGACCCAUUCUUGUCCUACGAACAGAAAGACAUUGCGCAGGUGGACUUUGUUGACAAGUCAAUGGCCAACGUCGGAUACCAAGAGAGCGAAGUAUUCCUACGACCAGAGCGCACACUCAUAAGGCAAAUGGAAGGCUCUGCUGAGGAGGACCUUGACCUGACGCCCGAUCUCAUCACAAAGGGAGAAAACUCAGCUAUAGGGAGCACAGGAGUUGGCCGUGUGGAGUAUGAUAUGGACGAACAGGAUGUGAAAUGGCUCGAGGCUUUCAACAGGGGUAGAACAAAAGAUGGAGUUCAAACCAUCAAGCCUGCGAUAUUUGAGAUAACCAUGACCAAGAUUGAGAAAGAAUGGCAUGCUCUCGAGAAGCGGAUACCCAAGCCAAAUCCGAAGGCACCACAGACUCAACGACCGCGGUCUAGCAGUGCUGCUGCUGUCAAAGGCGAACCUUCAGGUGAGGAACCUGAUAGCAAAUGUGCUAUUUGCGACGAUGGCGAUUGCGAAAAUGCCAACGCAAUCGUGUUUUGUGAUGGCUGCGACCUUGCUGUUCACCAGGAAUGCUACGGUGUUCCUUACAUCCCAGAAGGUCAAUGGCUAUGCAGGAAAUGCCAGCUUGUGGGAAACUCACGCCCGAGUUGUAUUUUCUGUCCGAAUGAAGGAGGUGCUUUCAAACAGACGAAUAACUCUAAAUGGGCGCAUCUUUUCUGCGCAACCUGGAUUCCAGAGGUUACCAUUGGUAAUCCAUCAUUGAUGGAGCCCAUAACGGAUGUUGAGAAGGUUCCCCCCAGCAGAUGGAAGCUAUUGUGCUAUAUUUGCAAGCAAGAGAUGGGUGCAUGCAUUCAAUGUAGUGAUGGCCGGUGCUAUGAGCCCUUUCAUUUGACAUGUGCUCGUCAAGCAGGUCUCUACUUGCGGAUGAAGACUGGGGGUGGGCAAAAUACGCUGAUGGAUUCAUCACUGUUACGAGCAUUCUGCCACAAGCAUUCACCUGCAGACUGGAAACACGAGCACCAUACGGAUAAAGCUUUCGAGGAAGCUCAGAAGUACUUCAAAGACCACUUCCGAGGUCAGAUAUGGGCUGACAGCCGAGCUUCAGCCUUGGCGAUCAACGAUGUUCAUGAUAUGCCUAGUGCCGAUAAAGGCCCCCUGAGGGUGACCCUGACGAACAAGAAGGGCCAAAAACAAAAAACGAUUUGGCGCCUUCCAUCAGGUGCCCCUGUCAUUCCUGAGGUUAUUCUCAAGUCUAUCGAAGAAUCUCUAGUCAGGUUUACUGUUCAAAGAAAGAAGGAGUACGUCUCGGAAAUUUGCAAGUAUUGGACCCUGAAGCGUGAAGCACGCAGAGGUGCGGCGUUACUAAAGAGGUUGCAACUCCAAAUGGAUACCUUCAGCUCUUUCGAAGUAACGCGCCGCGAUUACAAAGCCCAGGGCGCAGCCGGGAGAGCAAGAUUAGACCGUCGAAUCGAAUUUGCAGAGAUGCUUGCCAGCGAUAUGGAAAAGAUUGUCGAAAUCUGCGACUGGAUCAAGCAAAGAGAAGCUCUGAAACUGCAAGAGGCUGCCUUAAUGAAAGACAUCGUGGAUACGGUCUACUUUCCCGUCCCACAUCUGCUGGAACCAGUCGUUGAUAAAGCACUCAAGCUUGAUCGGGGAUUGUUCCGAAGCGAGCUUCUAGAACUCCGUGCUCGCGUAUGCAGACGAGAGCACACUUCUGUGGCAGCUUUUUCGCAUGAUGUCCUACGGGUAAUCAACUCGCAAUUUGGCAACAGUGCCGCAACUAUAACCGAGCUCAUCACCCUCGUCAGUGGUAGGGCUGAAGAUAUGGAGUAUGAAGCCCGUGAACGACGAACGCUGGCAAGGCGCAUCAUUAAAGCCAUCGAGCCGAUGAUUGAAGAUAUUGCGAGGAAAGAGGCUGAGCUCAAUGGACGACCCUAUGCGCAGCAGAUACGUGAGAUGGAUGAAGCACUCCUCUCAAGGCGUGACUCGCUGGCUGGCUCAAUGGACAUGCCCAUCCUCGAGUCGGUCGAGACCAAGCACGCGACAGGCAUUGCAAGCCCGGAUGAUGGUGAUGUAAUGAUGGUGGAUGCAACAACUGAAGCGAUUGGGACUGCUCCUCCGCUUGACCCUACAGAGUCCCGCGACCUGUUGGAAGAGCCAUCAGAACCUCUGAAGACGGAAACCCUCCAUCUACAAACAGCAGCAGCCUCAGUGGAGACUCCACCAGCAUCCACUAACGGUUUUAAACAAGAGCAGAAUCACGCCGAGGAGAUGGCGCCUACACAAGUCCAACACAUUGAACCACCUACUCCACCAAUGAGCCUCGAAGGGCAAUCACAGAAUCUUGUAACCGAAGGCGGGAUCCCUUGGUAUGUGGCUGCGUUCGACCCUGAUGGCUUGACUAUAUAUGAAGAACGUUGGACUGGACCCGAAGUCCUGCGAGAAUUGAGUGAGGAGUUGAGCGAAAUGGAUGAGGACGAGCUCUUAGGUCUUGGCCCUGGGGAUGAUUUGGUAGGAGGUGGAGAUGAAGCCUUGACUGGGAAAGAGCUUGACUCCGGCAUUGCUGACCCCAUUACGAAGAAGAAGAUGCUACGGAAGGGAGGAAAACGCAAUCGAGCCUCUGAAUGGGGUACAAGAUCCUUCCGGCUUCGUAGGUGAUGCUUGGGCCAGGCUGUCUGAUUGUACGAUUGUGUACUCUAGUUACAUACACUAUUCUUGAAUAACACAGCAUUUGCUUCGGUGCAGAAGCCAAUUGCGUGAAGCACUUGGAU